UUUUUUUAGAAAACACACACUUCUAUUUAUUGUAUUUUUUAAAUAAGUUUGUCAUGUCCAAAUUAUUAGUGCUCUUAGCAUUGAGAGGCCGCUCGCUCAAAGACUUGCACUCUGUACAAGAUCGUGGUUUAAAGUUCAGCUUAGGCGUGCAUCAUGCGCCCUCCAGCAAUUUCUCUCCUGAGCUGCAGCAGACACUGAAGUCGGAGCAAAACUUUGGCCGCAUUGAGCAGCUAAACACAUUGGUGAAACGCCAGCGCAGUUGGCAUAAUCAGCAUGAUCAAGGCAAACGUCAGUUCUGUAACUACUUGCUGCUGGAUCCGCGUGUUACCAAUGAGCUUAAGCAGCGUGCCAAGCGCAUGCAUCAACUGGAUAUUUGGUUGACAUUUCUGCGUGCUAUUUUCUAUGUGGGCAAAGGCAAGUCCACGCGACCCUUGGUGCAUUUACAGCAGGCGCAUAAGUUACUGCAAACUGCCAAUCCCUACGUGCGAGUGAAGGAUCCCAAAUUAGCGCUCAUAGUGCAGAUUUGGCAGCAGCAACGUGGUGUGCUGCUGCUGCGAGGCUUUCGUGGCAUCAGCUCCAACGAUGCGCAUACACGUGAGGCGGCCAUGAUAGAUGCGCUGGGCAUGAAUCAUUUGACCAAUAGGCGCCAAGGUGUUUACUUCGGCGUGGCGCGCAAGAAAUUCACAAGCGUGCAGCGCAAGCUGCUGGGUGUAGGACUGCUUUAUAAUCUGCUGGGUGUCUAUAUGCGCAGCGAGGAACGUGAGCUGCAGCCAGAGCAAGUGUGUAGCGACAAGAAAAUCGCAACAGACGCAGCGGCCUGAUAUUUGUGUUUUAAUUCGUGCAAAAUAUAUAUUUUAUAUGUCUAUGCCAUCAGCGAGCGCUUGGGGUUGCCCUGUCCGCCCAGCACGGAUCAAGGCGGCAAAUUUGAUUUCUCCCAUGUG